CUUUUACUUUGAUCAUCUCUUGUUUUUCUGUUUUUCCUUUUUCAUAUUCAAGUUAUAUUUUGUCAAAAAGCUCUACAAAACUUCACUGUAAUUUUCUAAAUCAGUUGAUUAUGUCGCUAGAUGGAUCAGGACUAGGAGGGAUGGCUAUGGCUUACACGGCGAGGAAGUUACACAGAGAAAACAUGAAGAUUUUGACGGCAACCACAGCCACAACCGUCGGUGGUGGAAACGAAGAGAACGGCGGAAGAUAUACCCGGUGGUUCUUCGGAAAGCUAAGCACCAAGAAAAACUCGGCUAAAGUUUGCGAUCUUAGAACUAUAGAAUACUAAACUAAUAUGGUUACAUCAAUUUUUUUUUUUUGCUAAAUCAAAAAUUAAGGAAUAAAAAAGGCUUUUAUAUACCUUUUUAAUUUUAAUUUCAGCUUUAUGUUUAAUUACAUCCAUCGCGUCAUGAUAUUUAUGAGUUUAUUGGUUCUAACGAGAGAAAAUU